AUGCACAAAGGCUCAGGGAAGAUUAGUCCUAAGUGGGUUCAGACACCUGUGAAAGAGAAACGACCAAUACCAACAGAGAAGCCCAGAAAGCCAUGUCAGACUCCAACCACAGAGUGUGGGGUGGAGGAAGAACAGGUAGAGGGCCAUCUGACUGUGGUGGAUGGUUUUGGAACUUUGGUGCUCAAUGUAAUGUGGUCUGUCAUUCACCCAGGCAGCAUGGGAAAACCAGCCAUCACCAUAGCCCAGAGGCCUCAUGAAACCCUGGUCUCAGCGCUCAAGAGCACCCAGCACCUGCACACGACAGUCCACACAUCUGCUAAACAACAGUUUCAAGGAGGUGCACAGGCUCAUAAAACAGGCUUUUCCUACCACUCCAGGUUCCUGUCCAGAUGCCACCUGUUGGAGUCCAGCUCUGACAUUCUGCCUUGGUUCUCUUGUCAGGCUGAAACAAAUGAAGUGGUGGAGGCAGUGAAGAUGGCCACUGAUGUGGGCUACCGACACAUCCACUGUGCCUACUUCUACCACAAUGAGAGUGAGGUGGGGACAGGCCACUGCAAGAUCAGGGAAGGUGUGGUGACUCACCAAGACCUGUUCAUUGUCAGCAAGCUCUGGUGUGUCAGCCACAAGAGGUCGCUGGUGAGAGCUGCCUGCACCCGAAGCCUCAAGGCCCUGCAGCUGGACUACCUGGACCUCUACUUCAUGCACUGGCCUAUGGGCCUCAAGAUGCCUCCACAAGCAAGGAGCACCUGCAGCAAGUGCUCUCCUGGAACCUCCUCUUCUGGAGAAGAGGACCUCCCAGUGGACUUCAGUGGUCUGAUCAUUCUCAGUGACACCAAUUUUCUGGACACGUGGGAGGUCAUGGAGGAGCUGGUGGCCGAGGGCCUGGUCGGAGCCAUUGGGGUAUCCAACUGCAACCACCAGCAGCUUGAGCUGCUCCUGACAAAGCCAGAGCUGAGGGUCUAGCCGCUGGUCAACCAGAUCGAGUGCCACCCCUUCCUGACUCAAAAACAGCUGAUUGAGUUCUGCCAGUCCCGAGACGUGGCCGUGACCGCCUACCGACCCCUGGGGGGCUCCAGUGGCAGCUUGGAUUUCAUGGACAACACUGUGGUACAGAACGUGGCCAAGAAGCAUAACAAAACCCCUGCGCAGGUAGGGGGAUACCUAUCUCAGAGUUGCCCAUGA